ACAUGUCGAAAAUCCCAGACAAUCCGGGAGAAUCUCAGACACAUGAACAAAUUGCACAGUCUGAACCAACUUCAAAGUCGAAAUUGGAAGACAAGUCCCCAGAAUCCACCAAAGAGGCGCAUAGCAAGGAGUCUAAGUCACCACCCAAGGAGUCCUAUGAAGAUUACAUCAAGACUCUCCCACCACCAUUCUGGGAAAGUAAGAGACCUCCUCCAAUCACAGAAGCAAGUAAUGCGCCGCCGAGACACCAACAGGAUCGAUCAGCGGAGGAGAUCGCAGCAAGCAUCAACGCAGUGUGUCCUCCCAUGACCGCCGCAGACCGCGCAGAGGAUGCAAGAAAAAAAUCCAGAUCGCUGCGUGAGCGAUGGAAAGAUUGGAGAGAAGACAGGGAGAGAGACAGGUCGGAAGUUGAUAUUCGGCCACUAGACCGGGGGAGCAGUGCGAGGCUCAACGUGUGGGGGUCGCCUCUUACAGACAAGGGAAGAUUCAAAAGGUGAGGAAUGUGUAAGACGGAUAGUAGUGGACCACAUCGCGCCGAUGAGUAUGGUCUAGAGGUAUUGAGCUGCCCCUUGCACUAGAAGGAUUUCAGCCAUGUAUAGUAAUUUUGGUCUUGAGAUCACAAGAAUUUGACCGUUCUUGAAGUACGAAAUCGGAAUGUCACU